CUUUGACUCAUCUUGUUUUGUACGUUAGUUUAAUAAGCUGGAGCGCUCCAUACACUAGCUGCCUCCAGAAAGUUAUGAAGUCCAGUGCAUAAUAACUGCCUUCUUGGCAGUCAUCAACCACUCCUAGUAAGCGGACCACUGGAUCAACUAUCUGUGGUGCACCCAGUUUGGUGGCCAGGGCUUCCAUUACAACAUUCCAAAAUUCCUUUAUGGGGUCAAACCCAGAUCAUGUAUUCAUAUGAUUCACUUGGUAUCUGUAUUUUGUUGUGUGUGUAUGUAAACAUACAUGUACUGAUGUAUAAAAUUGGAUGUGGUAUUAUUUUGCACCUCUACGAAUAAUUGAAUUUUCUAUUGACAUGAUUAAUACGCCUUUGCUCACAAAUAAACUGUGUGCAGCUGACAAACUCCGUCUGUUGCUAAUAUCUACCCCUCCCCAGUGAUGAAACAAUAUUAUAACCGAUGGUUUUUAUUAUGUCUUGCUUUCUUGCCUUAAAGACACCCCCCCGGCCGCUCCUCCCCUGACCCUGACUGUGCUGCAGUGGAACCAGAAAGCGCUGAGAGAAACCAGAGCCGGCAGCUCGGAGAGUGACUAAGGAGUUAAGCAGCAGAGCCGCUGCCAUGCAUGCCGGGAAGUGCCGGAGUCUGGGUAAUGUAGUUGUGCAGGCAGGAAAUGGCUGCUGCCUCGGCUGACUUCUCCUAUUUCUCCCGUUCUGCUGCCACAAUUAGGACUUUCUUUGUUUCUAUGGCUUCAUAGAAUCGCUUGGGAUUGCCAGGUUCAGUUCUGCUGCCAAGGAAGGUAAGGAAUGGCUCCCUCCCAUGCCUGUCAUGCACUUACUGAAACUAGAGCAGAAGAGCAAAUUACCCAUACAUCAGACGAGAAGAACUCCUGGGUAAUUAUGGCUGAAAAUAUUGAGGAUAAACUGGGUGAGCUUGAUGUCAGACCAAAGAGUAGCCGCAGUCGAAGUGCAGACAGAAAAGAUGGGUAUGUCUGGAGUGGCAAGAAACUUACUUGGUUGAAUAAGAAUGGACACUCGUCUGAUGGGGAUACCAUAAAUGUGGUAGAAGAUGAGGAUUGUGCCACUCAGAGCCAAGAAAGAAAGCACAGCUGCUCUUCUAUUGAACUUGACUUGGAUCGCUCAUGUGGACAUAAAAUUUUAGGGCGUUCUUUGAAACAAAAGUUGCAGGAUGCUGUGGGACAGUGUUUUCCUAUUAAAACUUGCAGCAAUCGACACUCUUCUACACUGUCUUCCAAACGAAAAAUUCAUAUAAGUGAGUUGAUGCUAGACAAAUGCCCAUUUCCCCCCAAGUCAGACCUGGCUUAUCGAUGGCAUUUAAUUAAAAGGCACACAGCACCAGUGAGUCAGACUAAGGGGGAGUGGGUAAUCAAUGAUGGCUUAGAUCUUGAUGGCAAAGAAAUCCAGGUUAAAGACAAGAAUUCUGAUGGUGGUGAGGACUGUUUGUUAGAUGGACAUGCCACACCUUGUAAAGUGAAUAUUGGCAAUGUAGAAUCACUUGGCACCAAAGGGUCUAGAAGCAGCAAGGAAGACAGUGACCUUGAUUCAGACGAUGAAGCUGUCACAUUGUGCUCCAGUUCGAGAAAAAGGAACAAGCCAAAGUGGGAAACAGACGAUGAGAGCUUUCAGGCAGAAACUCCCCCUAAAUACCAUACCCAGAUUGACUAUGUCCAUUGUCUUGUCCCAGACCUGUUUCAGAUCAAUAACAAUCCAUGUUAUUGGGGAGUAAUGGAUAGGUAUGCAGCUGAAGCUCUCUUGGAAGGAAAACCAGAGGGCACUUUUUUACUUCGAGAUUCGGCACAGGAAGAUUAUUUAUUUUCUGUUAGUUUCCGACGUUACAGUCGCUCUUUACAUGCUCGGAUUGAACAGUGGAAUCAUAACUUUAGUUUUGAUGCUCAUGAUCCAUGUGUAUUUCAUGCUCCCAAUGUUACUGGCUUGUUAGAGCAUUAUAAAGACCCAAGCUCUUGUAUGUUUUUUGAACCUCUCCUGUCUAGCCCUUUAAAUAGAACUUUCCCCUUUACCCUUCAGCAUAUAUGCAGAGCAGCCAUCUGUACUUCUACAAAUUAUGAUGGGAUUGAUGCUCUCCCUGUCCCUUCUUCCAUGAAACUAUAUUUAAAGGAGUACCACUAUAAGUCCAAAGUGCGGGUUCGCCGAGUGGAUGCACCAGAACAACGGAACAUGAAACAAUUUUAGAACUUUCAUAAACAAGGAACACAAGAUGUAUGAGUAUAUAUUAUUUUAAUUUUUUAACCCAACCCCGUUGCUAGGGAAGCCUGUGAAUGCCAGCUUCCGAAAUAGCAAAUGGGUUUAUUAAAUACAUUUCUCAGCCUUGUUGGAAUUCUGCUUUACAGCGGUCUUCCCUUAAUCCUUUGUACCUGUUACCUUAUUUUCACACUGUUAUUUACCCAAGUGGUAGUUAAUGUUACUCAAAAUUAAAACCCCUUUUUUAGAGAGGAACAUGCAAAAUAUAUGCUGGCAUCCUUGUUAGCAAAUAUAACCGUCAUGAAAGACUCUGUUACCCGUUUACAAAUGACAGUUGUACAAGUCGGACUUUUAAAGACGCUAUUUUGCACUGUCCAUUACAAUGUUCUUUUCCAACACCUAUGCACUUUAAUUUCCAAUAUUCACAGUUUCUAUACAUAUUGAUGCAUCAACACUAUAGCAGUGUAUAACAUGUAGUUUUCCAAAGCAGAACAAAAUAAACAAUCUCAACAGA